GUUUGGUGAUGGCGCUUGCUCUAAGACCCACGCCGGAUGCUACCGACGUACUUGGUAUAAACACAUGUACUCACUCGCUUGUGUGGCUGGAGCUGCACGCUGGCUGGGUCGCCGUUCGCUCCGUGCACGUGACUGGCUCUCAACUCAACGCUGGCCUGGAACGUCCCCAUUUCCCAUUCCCUCCCUUCACCACCACCACCACCACCUAACAAAUCCACCCACCCACUGUCCGCCCGCCCGCCCACGUACCGCCGCCCCUUCAUUUGCAUCCCCAUUGCCGCUCUCUUCGCAUGCGCCUGCGCACCUAGCACGAGCGCCCUCCGUACUUUGCCGCGGUCGAUCCGCGACCCGACGUCCCGCCAAGCGCUCUCACCUCUUCUCAUCGUCACCCUACCCUCCUCGCCUCUCGUAGCCGCACCAGCACCUCGCCCACGCCGCCCGCACACCACAACUCCCGCCUCAUUUGGUUCUGCACUGCAGACGCUGCAGUCUUAAUGUCGGAGCAUAGCGCGAAGCGCCAACGCACGACUGGUUCGUUCUCACCGGCUUCUCCGCCCUAUCACUUCGCUGCCAAGCCGAGCGAGACAAAGACCCCCAUUGUUCAGCCCAACACCCCAACCUCACCACCUUAUCCUUCGAUGAAUUCGCAGACAAAUGGCGGUUUUGCUUCCUCUGCGACUGCCCCUGCCUCCGUAAUGACCCCCCCAGCCUCGGUGGUCAUGUCGCAACAAUACUCCCCCUCAGGACCUACUGCUGCGAAUGCACCCACCCAGUUCACACCUGCCAGCACCAUAGGUCCCUCCAAUUCGAUGAAUCUUGAUAGCGAAGGCGACACAACGAUGAGUGAUAGCCUGGACCCUGAUGCUUCCUUGCGAUUAAAUAAACACCGACGGACUGAUCACAAUCGGCAGCCAGGGAACAUUUUUGCACCAGAUGGAGGUGUUGCGGCAGCCAAGGGUAUUUGCGGUAGCCAGCUCUUCUUGAGCUGUCAAAGCACCUACGAGCCAUCGCGACCACACGCCUCACAGGAUUUAUUCCAGCUUUAUGAGCUUGGUCCUCUUGCGCGUUCGGUUGCUCGGACAGAUCCAGCCACUGGGGAAAAGACUAAUAAGCUUAGAAAGUCAUAUGAGGGGCAGAUUAAGAAGAUGUCGAUCCUCGGGAAGCACAAAGCAGUCAAGAUGGACAUGAAGUUGACAAACUUGAUGAACUAUCCUGAAGAAGAGUAUAAAGCUACAGUCGUGUCUGAUAAAGACGUCAGCAAAGUUGCUCUCAAUCCAGAAGGAUCUGGUCUCAAUGCUCACCUCGGCGAUCUUGUUGGCCGUGCUUUGGGUGGCAUUGUUCCCGGAAAUAUACCGCAACCAGAUCAGAUGAAGUACAAGCAAUACAUCGGCUCUGACGAAAUAGUCAAACCGAAGACUGGCCAAGAAGCAGCUACCCAUCGGGCUGCGAUCUCAGGUUCCGGCACACCGAACGCUCACACGCCAGUCUCAAGGAUUGCACGGCCCGAGAGAAUGGGCUCCAAACGGCAGUACACGGAUGUAUCGUAUCAAGGUUAUGGGGAGGGCUAUGCGGACGACUACGCCGAGUCCACUGGUGGCGAGGAUAAUGCACAAGGCAACUUUGCAAAAAGACGAAAAAUGGGCUUGGAGCGGUCCCGUCAAGUUGAAGUAGGCGGUGUGCGUCGAUGA